AUGUUGGUGUUACCUGAGCCAAAUGAGUCAUUCGAGGUGUACUGUGAUGCCUCACUGAAGGGUCUAGGGUGCGUGCUGAUGCAGCAUCGUAAUGUGGUGGCAUAUGCCUCACGUCAGUUGAGACCUCAUAAAGUUAAUUACUCUACGCAUGGCUUGGAGCUUGCUGCGGUUGUGUUUGUGCUAAAGGUGAACGUAGUGGCGGAUACGUUAAGUCAGAAGUCGUUGUAUGUUGCUUGGAUGAUGAUUCAAGAAGAGGAUUUACUCAAAGAAUUCGAGAGUCUGAAGAUUGGUGUUCAAGAAGUUUCUGGAACUCUAUGUUUGAGUCGAUUACAGAUCUCAAGUGAUUUUAAAUCCGAACUCCUAAAGGCUCAUGAAGACGAUGACGUCUUACCAAAGGUGCAACCAGCCAUUGAGCAAGGAAAACAGUGGAGAGUGUCGAAGGAUAAAGACGGGCUAUGGAGAUUUAAGGGUAGGAUCAUUGUGUCAGAUGUUGGCACUUUGCGACAAGAUAUCUUAAAGAAAGCACACAAAGGCGGAUUCUCUAUUCACCCGGAAAGUACUAAGAUGUACCAUGAUCUAAAGGCAAUGUUUUGGUGGCCGGAAGGUAAAAAUCGAACACCAGAAACCUUCUGGGACGUUGCAACCCUUAGAGGUGCCGCAAUGGAAGUGGAAAAGCAUUGCGAUGGACUUUGUGUCGGGAUUGCCAAGGACUAG